GUCACAUGGAUGUGGAGACUAGCCACAGUGGGCAGGAGGUAAGCCCCACAUGGGUACCCCGUGCGGGACCCCUAGAGAUCUCUAACUCUAUAAAAAAGAGUAGGUAGGACCCUGAUGGGCCAGAGCCUGGUAAUACAGCGUCCCAUGAUCCUAACACAGCAGGGACUCUGCUGGACAUGGUGGCUGAUUACUUUAAACCAAGUCAAACAGGGGUAGACUUGGAUCCAGGAUGGCAAUAGUAUUAACUAUAUGUCUGGCCACAAACUCCAACAAGAAAUAUUUACAGAGACUGGCCAGACAUCUGCCACCUGGCAACGGUGAGGCAUUACAGGUGCCCAGUGUAAACCAAUGCAUUUGGCAGCAUAUGGGGAGGAACAUCAGGAACCAGGACCUCAAGAUCCAGAAAACCUUAAAGGGAUUGACGGAAGGGAUCACAGCAUACACCCGCACCCUGGACUAAACAGAGUUAACCAAAAACCAUCAAGACGCACUAGCUCUGGUUUAGCAAUAUGCAAUAUGAGCUGAACUACAUGUGGAAGGCUGCCAUUCAGCCAGCACUGGACCCCUAAAAUGCUACCAUUUACAAACAAAGAACCAUGUGUGGACGAAGCCAAGACACUGGGGCUCAUCAAGGCCAGCGCAAGGGCCUAUUUUGGAGCACGAUACCAGCCACAUGCAAGACCAUAAAAAUGUGGCUCAUACCAGUGGCAGUGCCAGAAAUCAAUAUAACCCGCAGCAGCCCUUUUUAGGGUAUGGCCAGGGACGGCCACCCUGGAAGAUGCGGAAGCCUCAACCUCCCACACAACCCCGAACAAGAGAUAUCAAACCAGAACCCCCCUUUUCAAAAAACCAAGGAAAUAACACAACCACCGGUAACCAUGGAGGUAGGUGGGUGUGGUUCUUCUGUAAAAAAGGGACCCACGACGGUGGGGGAGGGGAGGUUGCAAUACUACAGUUAUGUAUGGUGUAAAAUCACUACAGACUCAUAUAUUCUCAGCAGUAUUCAGGGUUAUCUGAUAGAAUUUACUUAUCCCAAUAACCCCAGUACAACAUACACCAGAAAGGCAUUUUGUCCUUACAAAAACCGAACAAUCUAAAGCCCACAUGGUGCUACAAAAAUUGUACACAAAAGGUGUGAUUGAGCAUACUUUUCAUGGAAAAUUAGAAUUUGUAUCAAACAUAUUUAUUAAAAAUAAAAUAGAUGGGGGUUGCAGGAUUAUCAUUGACCUUUCAACCCUAAACACAUUCGUUCAAUAUGUUCAUUUUAAGAUGGAUACUCUUAUUACUGAUAAAGAAUUAGUGUCAGCUGGGUUUUCUAUAUGGCAGGCAUUGACUCAAAAGAUGCAUACUAUACAGUACCCAUCAGAGGGGAUCACAGACGGUAUUUGAAAUUUAACUGGAUGGGGGGGGAACUUUGGCAAUAUAGAGCUUACCAAAGGGGCAAACAUCAGCCCCAAUAUUAUUUACUAAAAUUCUAAAAACAGCUUGGCAUUGUUACGUAAACAAAGCCAUAGGGUGAUGUAUUUCCCCCGUUCUGCCUCAUCAAUGGGGUACUAGGGAAAAAAUUCAACAAGACUCGGCAUCUGGGAUUCACAUAGUACCCGAUUGGCCUACUCAAUCAUGGUAUUCGGUCAUACAGGGGAUGGUGUUAGAACCUUGUUCCCUUAUGAUCAUAGCCGAAUUUAUUAAUUCAUCCAGUGACUGGGGGCAGUCAUCCAUGCCAUAAGACUAUGAAUUUGUUGAUUUGUAGAGUCUGAAAGACCCACCACACGGCAUGGGGCUGUCAGACAGGACGAUGAAUCUCAUCUCAUCUGCACAAAGACUAUCAACACGGAAGCAGUACCUUGGGGGGCAUAUACUGCUUGGACAACAACCUCGACCAAAAGGCCAAGAACAUUCUGGCCGGAUUCGAAUUUUAACAAGCCUCCAUUAUGAUAAUCGAUGGAGCUACAGUGCCAUCAAUAGUGCCAGAAGUGCACUCUCCAAUUACCUAUCACAAGGAACGGAGCGGCACACGGUGGGAACACACCCCCUGGUAACAAAACUCAUGAGGGGCAUAUUCAAUGCAAAUCCCCCUAAAACCAGGUACUCCAAAAUCUGGGAGGUGGGUGUCGUUCUAAACAUGCUGAGGAGCUGGUCGCCCAUAACAGCAUUGUCACUUCAGGAACUGACCACGAAGAUGGUUAUGCUCAUGGCGUUAGUUACCGCACAACGAGUCCAGUCAUUAAGCAAACUGAGCCUGGACUCCCUGAUCAUCUCACCCGAGAAACUGGUGUUUGUCAUACAGGAUUUAAUAAAACAAAACAGACCAGGUUCAUCGGGUCAAGUGUUUGAAUUUAUGGUAUACCCAUAUGACGAACGACUGUGUAUAGCAAGACACAUCCAACUAUACAUAGAAUAUACUAAGAGCAUUCGAGGUCAGAGAAUGGUGUUGUUAAUCUCUUACAAGAAACCGCACAAAAGGGUCACGACCCAAACUAUAUCAAGGUGGCUCAAAUAUGUCCUAAAGAUGGCAGGAAUAGACACUAAUGUUUUUAACUCUCAUUCCACCAGGGCUGCAGCAACAUCCGCAGCAAAAAUUCUAGAGGUACCCACAGCCCAAAUCCUCAGAAUGGCAGGAUGGUCAUCCGAAAGGACUUUCCAAAGGUUUUAUAAUAAUCCAGUUUUUUGGAGCCAUCAUCGUGUUCGGAAACCAUUUUACGUUCAACAAUAUAAUUUGCCCGAAAGGUUACAGGGCUAUGAUUUUCAAUUUAAAAAAUUUAUAUAUUUUUUCGUUAUACCACACAACUCUUUGUAUAAGUGUGUUUUAAAAUUACUAAUGAUGCUCUCUCCCAAUACCCAAGGCAGUUGUGAAGCAUGGACUCGUUCCACGGCAUGAGGUCACAGAGCUUUGAAAUCUUCACGUAGUCACUCACGUGACUCCGAAGUAAAAUAGUAAGAUUAAACGAGAACUUACCAGUUUGAAGUUUGAUCUGUAUUUUAUGAGGAGGAACGUUGAGGGAAUACGUGCCCUCUGCUCCCACCCUCUUAUGAUCAUAUCAAAAACUGGUAUCUCUUUGAUAAUCUUACUAUGUUAGGUCAUUAUAGGUUCCUGUGACCUCACACCGCUGCUUUGAAGAAUGACACGCAUGCGUUGGAAGCGGGUUCUUCACGUAUUCCCUCAACGUUCCUCCUCAUAAAAUACAGAUCAAACUUCAAACUGGUGUUGCCUGAUUUUGCUCAGAUCGUCUAGCAGAUGUUUUUUGCUCAAGACCAACACAACAUUCAGGCAAUGAUUGAUGUGUGACGUCCCUGAUGGCAGAGAAAACCAAAAGCAGCCCAUGUCUGGAGGAAGGGAAAUGGUGCAUGGUGAUUGGCAGCUUGAGUCGGGAACUUAAUGAAAUUUAACCCUUAUGUCAAGAAUUUGCCACACGAUCUACAUGGCUGCUGCUCAGUAUAUUACGUUAAGUAUGUUGUAUUGUCAGAGAUGCCAUUCCGAGCAGGUAUUCAAUUGUUUAAGAUUAUAUUGAAAAUCCCAUGGUAAUAUUUAAAGAUGAGCACGAGGCUCUAACCAAAUUUCCGAACAACAACUCCUCCCUUUAAUCAAGACUGCCAGAAACUCAUUCAUCCAUCUUUCAUCUGGUUGUGUUAUCUGUGUGGAUCUUUAGGUGCCUGUAAAGCUGCAGCAGGUAAGAAUUUCAUCUUCCGGGUCAUAUCCAGUGCAUAUGACAAAUAAACACUUUAAAUUCUCUUAAUUUUGCCUGUGCAACAACAGUCUUUAUGCUUGAAAUUAUGUUGUGCUGUGUAAAGAAAAUCCAUCUGUUUCAAAGGGAUGUAAUAAAGUGGUACAUGAA